AUGGGCAAAGUCAUUUUAGUUACUGGUGUGUCCCGUGGGAUAGGCCUGCAAUUGGUGAAGACUAUGUUCGAAAGGGACGCCGGAUGCGUCAUAUACGGUGUAGCAAGAACAGAGGCUAGUCUGCAAGGCUUGCAGAAGGAGUAUGGCGCAGACAGGUUCCUGUACCGCGCCUGUGACAUCACAGACAGGUCUCAAGUGCAGGCUCUGGUGGAAGAGAUCCGGAGCAAGCACGGCCAGUUAGACAGCGUCAUCGCGAAUGCCGGAAUACUGGAACCGGUGAAGGCCGUUGCGCAGUCCAGCACCGAGCACGACAUGGAGCGGUGGAAACGGCUGUUCGAUGUGAACUUCUUCAGCGUCGUGACCCUGGUGACGUUGUGCCUGCCGCUGUUGAAGACCUCGCCGCUCGUGGGCAACAUCGUCUUUGUUGGCUCUGGAGCCAGUGUGAAGCCAUACAACGGGUGGUCCGCAUACGGCUGUUCCAAGGCUGCACUGAACCACUUGGCCAUGGACAUCGCCAGCGAGGAGCCCAGCGACCAAGUUCGCAGCAUCUGCGUUGCGCCGGGCGUCGUGGACACGCAAAUGCAAAGGGACAUCAGGGAAACCCUGGGCCCACAGGGCAUGUCGCCCGAGGGCCUGGAGAGGUUCACCCGGUUGUACAAGACCUCGUCGCUGCUGGACCCUGUGGUGCCUGCGGCAGUGCUGGCCCAGCUAGCCCUGGAAGGAAUCCCCGAUGCUCUGAACGGCCAGUAUCUCCGCUACAACGACGACCGAUUGGGCCCUGUGCAAGCCUAG